CAGAAGUACCACAGUCGUCAUACAGGAAGUCAUGCUGUUUACACAGGAAGUAACACCCUUGUACAUGAAAUACCACAGUCAUUAUACAGGAAGUCAGGCUGUUUACACAGGAAGUAUCACAGUCAGCAUACGGGAAGUCAGGGUGUUUACACAGGAAGUAUCACGGUCAGCAUACGGGAAGUAAGGGUGUUUACACAGGAAGUCACACCAUUGUGCAGGAAGUAACAGUCAUCCUACAGGAAGUUAGGUGGCUUCACACGGGAAGUAACUGAAAAUAACAGUUGUGCAGAAAGUAACGAGCAAUAAGUUGUCUUCAUGCAGCAAAUAUGUUUUCUUUUUAAAAUAUAAAUAUCUAUUUUUGUUGCGCAUAAGACAAUCGUCCAUAAUCAAGAACGUCUCUUCUUACACCAGGGGAGACUUGUUUUGAGACACGACCGUUCUGCAAUGAGGCGUCGGAGCAGUGUGACAGAAAGCUCAACUGCAGUCAGUGACGGGAAAUCUUGGCAGGUGCCAAUUUUACAACACUGCUCCAAUGUCGACGGGAGGCGAAAGGUACAUUUGAUCCAUAUCUGACGCGGUCUACUCUUUAUGGAGGAAUGCACUUCCUUGAUGGCAACAACAACAACAACAACAAGACAUGUUAUGAGAACGGCCGUUCGGCAUGUUGUUGCAGACCCUGCGGAUCCUGUUCCGUCUUUCAGGUUGUUUCAGAGAGACGACAAGUAUCUGAAACCUGCACCUGCAAGAGUCAUGUCCAAGGAUGGUGAUGUUGACACCAGGCUGGCCACGGUGGUCCUUUCCACGGACGACGAGUGGUCCUCCCUGGUGUCCAUGCUGAAGGAGAGUGUGGCGGCGGACAAAGGGUUAACCUCUCGGGGAUCCGAGCAAGUCGACUUGGAUUUGGUUCUGGAGAACCGCUUGGUCAGCCUGCACCGUGCACACAUCCGAACGGACGCCACGGAGGAGGAUGUCAGCCAGACUGUUGACGCAUGCUUCCGAUCUCGCAAAGACGCGAUAAGCGCCUUCCUGCUCUUGAUCCGGGGUGGACGUUACACCAGCAGGCAAAUGCGCCUGGUGGAGCAACUGCAGGUUCACUUUGGAGCCCGAGCCUUCAAGUACCUGGUGGUGGUCUCGCUGGAAGACGGUAAGAUGGCCGACACCCUGGACGACGCACUGCUGGAGCUGAUCAACGCCUGUGACGGACGUUACUGCCGCCUGACCGCGUCGACGGCCGUGGAUAAAAUCAACGCCCUGGUCAAUAUGGCGGACGGCACGCUGGCCGAGAGCGGCGACGGCGGCUACGGCCGGACCGCGCUGGACGAGGCCAAGCGCAGGAAUACGGAGGACACAGCCGUAAGUAUUCUGAGGCAGAAAGUGCGGGAGGCCGAGGAGGGACUCCAGGCCUUCGGGCGGAUGGCGGCACAGAGCGAGGAGAGGCGAGCCAAGGAAGCCGAGGAGCUGAGAGCCAAGCACGCCGAGGAGAGGCGCAAGGAGGCCACUGAGAGGAGACGCUGCCAAGUCAAGAAGGAGACCCUGGAGGAAGCCGUCAUCAGCCACCGGGCCACGUUACACCUGCACGUGAAACCCCACGGCGACGACGACGACGACGCCAACAAGCUGUCCGUGGUGCUGCUGGGCCUGUCGGGCAGUGGCAAGACGUCGGCCCUCAGCCUCAUUUCAGCACGGGCAGGCAACCCGUAUCGUGACUCGGGGUCUGAUGCCGAGACCCCCCAGCCCACCCUGGCGUGCACCCGGCGGGAGGUCCGCGUGGCGGGCAGGAGGCUGAUCCUGGUGGACACCCCCGAGCUGUGGGAUGAGGACGGUGUGGAGAAUCAGGAGAAGGUGAAGGACUGCCUGGCUCUGGCACUACCCGGGCCUCACAUCUACCUGCUGGUCCUCCAGGUGGGACGCUUCACCCGAGGCGAGAGCCAGAUGCUUGCCCACCUGCAGAAGGUUUUCGGCAGGGACGCGGCCGAGCGCGCCGUGCUGCUCUUCGUCCGGAUGGACUCGGGCGUCGCGCGCUCUCAGAGGGUCCACAACUACGUGGCGGGGGCCCACGCCGCCCUCCGGCAGCUGGUCCGAUGCUGCGGCAGCCGUUACUACGAGCUCAGCCUGGCCGCCCCCCCCUGCGACGGCUUGAGUUACCCCCAAGUUCGAGAGCUUCUGGAGGGCAUCUUCAAGCUGGCGGCAUCCCACGCGGGAAGAGGACACGCCAUCCGGAGGUUCUCUGUGCGGGAGCUUCAAGACAGGAAGAAGUCCGUGGAGGACUCCAACGAUGCGGCCUCGGAGGACAAUUUCCUGCUCAUGGAGAAUUAGCAGUUUGGUGGACGUCAUCGAGGCGACGGCAGAAGAAAUCAGAGUGGUGCAAAAGUAAAAAUUGUCGUCUGACAAGAAGCGGGGCGCUUUCUUUUCACACCUUCCAAAUCGGCCGCUUGUUGCACUGAGACGGUCGUAGGAAAGAAUCCAUUUGAAAAUCGUAUUUUUUCACACACGUUCAGGAUCUCCACUUCUCGCUCCGGUAGGGUCCACGCUAACCUUUCCCACUUCUCAUCUCGGCCAUCAAUAACAAAAUUGUUCGUGCGCAACUUCCACAUCGCCGCCACUGCUGUGGGCGGUGCCACAGCUGUGUUGCAUCCGGGACUCGAACUGAACAAGUACUUAAGUGGUAAAUGUGUCACGGCAUUGCGUAUGCUUUCGCUGCAUCCUGGGAGCAACCCCUUGUCAUAGCGAGCCUGUCCUUCUUAAGUUUGGCCACAUCUUGUCACGUUUCUUCAUUGGCCUCAUAGUCAUCGGACCUCGUUGAUGUUUCUAGACCUUGCCACUAGCCUAGGGUUUUUGUGCUUUCACCUGUUUUGGACUGCCUUUUGGUAUGAACCUGUUUUUCGGAAUAAAACCAUUCUGAACACUACGCCUUUGCCCCGGAGUCCUGCAUUUGGGUCCGCUUAUGACACCUUCUCAACAUCUCGGCGCACGACUUCCCGUUUCUUGUCCCAGAUUGGUCUCUUGGCACUGACCCCUUGUCGCGGCCUCUCACAGACACUUGAGACACUUCUCCUAACUCAAGCAGGGAUUUCAAAUGGAUUAUUUACUCGGACGGACUAUCUUGGUCCAAGGAGUGGAGAUCCAGAAGAUGUGCACCAAAGAUGGCGCCCGAGCUGUUGUGAACUGCCCAUUUUCCCCAAAGUAUUUGUGUGAAUUUUUCUGAAUUGCAACAGAAUCAACCACUGCGGAAUAGUUUCAAGAAGAAAAGCUUGUAAUUGGUUGACAUUCACUGAUUCACAUGUUAAUUGACAAAAUAAUUGGACAUCUUGAUGAUCACGGUCUUCGGUUAAAAAGCCACAUGGAGA